UAAACUUUCACCAUUACAAUCCGUAAUCUCUUUUUCUGGAAUAGAAUCAAAACUGGCUCUUCGUGUUUCAAUAAGAGACACAGUCAAUUCCAAGAAAACAGAUUUUACCCCACAAUCUGGGAGUAUACAUUUAACUUUCCCAGGAGAAGUUAUGAGGAAGAAGAAGAACCAGGUAGGCAUUGUUAAAGAAGAUAAAGAUGAUUCACCAGAUGCAUCUCUUAAUUCCUCAGACAACGAGGAAUUGAAGGCUAUAGAACACAAAAGUAAAGCAAAAAUAUCUUCUCCAACCAUAACAGAUUAUGAAAAGCAGAGGCAGAGGAAAAUUGAGGAAAACAAGGCAAAAUUACAGGCUCUUGGCCUUCCAGAACUUGCAUCCUCCCUGCCGCAGCCUAAGGCCAGUAAGCAGAAAAUAUCUAUUUCUAAUAAGGGAAAACGCAAACAAGAUGACAAUGACUAUCAGCCCUCAGAAGAGGAAGACGAUAGAGAACAGUCAGAUUCGUCAGCUGACGAGGAAAUCCAACAAAAAUUGCCUACACCCAGGAAGAGUACUCCUGCAAAAAAAAGAGCCCCUGCAAGACCAAAGGGCAAGAAAAUGAAGUCUUUGAAUUCUUUAAUUGUGGAUAAAGCAUCUAAAGAAUAUGGAUCUUUAUUAAUAGACCAUGAAGCAAACAACAAUGUUGCAUUACAGCAGAUUGGAUUGGAUGAAGAUGCAGCUUUACAACAGGCCCUUGCGCUCUCUAUGGGGGUUUCUAUGGAAGAUACUGCUUCUGUAACAGAAGCUUCUAGACAACAUUUGCAAUUUGGAAUGUCAAAAGAAAAAAUAAACGAUUCUGAACUUUUAGAAAAGUGUAAGGAUAUAGCUGAUGCUAGCAAAAUUUCUCAUGGUAAAAGGCAAAAAAAGAAAACAAAGAGCAUUAAUACAAUACAACUGACUGAAGAUGAAGUUAUCGCAUAUUUCUUUUACUUUGAUGAAGCAGGAAAGGGGAAAAUUACAGUGCGAGACUUGGAGAGAGUUGCAUUAGCCCAUGAUUUUAUGUGGAGUAAGCAAGAGCUAAGUGAGAUGAUUAAUGCCUUUGACAAGGAUUGUGAUAGACAGAUAAAUCUUGAGGACUUCAAAGCAAUAGCUGCACGAUGCAACAUGGUUUGUGGCACGUAAUCAAGUAAAUGCUCAUGAGAGUCAUAGACUUCUUUAUUGUUGUUGGGUGGUGCCAUUGUUUUACAAGACUUGGAAUUUAUGCCCUACGUUUUAUUACAUGUGGUAGACUGCAAGCACAUGGAAGAAUAAUGUGGUAAAAUGGAUAAAAUUUCACGGGACAUAUCCAACUUUACUGGAGCAUGGUGAAAGGAUAAUCAUGUUUGCAAGGAAAUAGAAUCUCUUAGGAUUAAGGGAUCACACAAUAUUGAAAACGGGGAUUCUUAAGUCCCUGUAAUAAUUACUUGCACUAAAAUUUAAUAGGCAAAUAUGGUUGACUUAUUUGAUUGUUAAAGAACUUGAAGGAUUAAAACAUAGUGUGAAGUAACAAGGAAUUUUUUAUUAUGUCA